GCUGCCACCUGCCUGCUCCCUUGCUCUCUCAUCAGCUCCUGGAAGCUGGCGUGGGCUUCCCUUCAGCGUCAAAGCCUCCACACUGCUGGGCGUCACUGCAAGGCUAGGAGCGGCGCCGAGCACCUGUGGCUGACGCGGCACUUGAAGGACCCGUUCGUGAAGGCUGCCAAGGCGGAGAGUUACCGGUGUCGAAGCGCCUUCAAGCUUCUGGAGGUGAACAAGCGGCACCGGAUCCUGUGGCCCGGCCUCCGGGUGUUGGACUGUGGGGCGGCUCCCGGCGCAUGGAGCCAGGUGGCUGUGCAGAAAGUCAACGCCGCAGGCGCAGAGCCCAGCACUCCUGUUGGCUUUGUGCUUGGGGUAGAUCUUCUUCACAUAUCACCCCUGGAAGGAGCAACUUUUUUGUGCCCUGCUAAUGUAACUGACCCAGGAACCUUCCAGAGAAUCCAAGAACUGCUUCCUGGUGGGAGAGCAGAUGUAAUUCUGAGUGACAUGGCACCCAAUGCCACAGGGGUCCGGGGCCUCGACCAUGACAGGAUCAUUGGCCUGUGCUUGUCCCUCCUGGACAUGGUCCCGGACAUCCUGCAGCCCGGGGGAACACUCCUUUGUAAAACCUGGGCUGGAAGCCAAAGCCAUCGCUUACAGAAGAGACUGACAGAGGAAUUCCAGAACACGAGGACUGUGAAACCGGAAGCCAGCAGGAAAGAAUCAUCAGAGGUGUACCUCUUGGCCACACAAUACCGAAAAGCAAAGGGGUCUGUGAAGGACUGAGGUUUCUUUUGCCAUUUCUGGUCCUUUCACUGCAAAUGUAGGCUGUGUGCUUUCCUGAAAUGUGGCU